AUGGAAGAACAUCUAAGCCCAUUAGCUGUGACUCAUCUUCUUCAGCACACCUUGAGAAGCUUGUGCAUUCAUGAGAAUUCCCAAUGGGUUUAUGCUGUGUUUUGGAGGAUCUUGCCUAGGAAUUACCCACCACCCAAAUGGGAUGGUCAAGGAGCUUAUGAAAGGUCAAGAGGAAAUAGAAGGAACUGGAUAUUGGUUUGGGAAGAUGGUUUCUGCAACUUUGCUGCAUCAACAGCUGAGAUCAACUCUGGUGACUGUCCAAGCUCAUCAGUUUAUGGAAACUGUGAAUUUCAACACUAUCAAGGACUGCAACCGGAGCUGUUCUUCAAGAUGUCCCAUGAAAUCUACAACUAUGGAGAAGGACUGAUAGGAAAAGUAGCUGCAGAUCACAGUCAUAAGUGGAUAUACAAAGAACCAAAUGAUCAAGAAAUCAACUUCCUGUCAGCAUGGCACAACUCAGCGGACUCACAACCUAGGACAUGGGAAGCCCAGUUCCAGUCUGGUAUAAAGACCAUAGCUCUGAUUGCUGUUAGAGAAGGUGUUGUUCAACUAGGAGCUGUUCACAAGGUAAUUGAAGACCUGAGCUAUGUAGUUCUACUGAGAAAGAAAUUCGGCUACAUAGAAAGCAUUCCUGGUGUGCUCUUGCCGCAUCCAUCGUCUUCUGCAUAUCCUUGUAAUAAGGUGGAUGGUUAUGGCACAGCACAAGACACAUGGCACUACCAAGGCAGUAAUAUUGCACCUCCAGCUCCAAGUCCAACAGAGUUGUACGACCACUUCAAUCAAGUACCAUUCAAGAUAACUCCAUCUAUGAGCAGCCUUGAAGCACUACUCUCCAAGCUCCCAUCAGUAGAGCCACCAGCACAACCAGCUGCAGCUCAUCAUCAAGUUGCAGGCUACUGUGACUCACAGUCCCACUAUGUGUCAACUAUUCAAAGGGGGAUAGAGAAAGUGGCCAAGGAGGAGAUUGAUGAAGAGUAUAAUAGGGCUGAACGCGAUGUGGGUGAAAGCAGCAGUUCAUUCUCAGCUGCUAAUUAUCGGAAACAGCAGUUUCAACAGCUUCAGGAUUUGAAUGUUAAUGUUAGGAAUACUAGUGGGUAUCUUGAGUGA